ACAAACGAGUUUGUUAGAUAACGGUGAAAUAACGAUUUCGCGUUGGUUCACUUCUGGAAAAAACUGGAAAGAGCAUCUUUAAAAUUCUGUACUGAUAUAGCUGUAGCGAAAAGCGUACAUUGAAAUGGACGCGGCUACUGAUUCAGGCAAUGCGAACUGUUCGGAAAAUGCGGAUGUACGGUCCUGCGCUGCGGUUAAAAUUCCUGAAAGACUGUUGAAGAGGGACCUGGAGAGACAAGAAGCAGUGGAGCGCCGCAAAGAGGAGAAAGAAAGCCAGGCCGUCACGGAGGAGAAAGGCGAUUUCUUCUCCAGGACAUUCAACUCUGAAAAGGCGGAAAUUCAAGAUCUUAUGUCUGGUUGUUCAGAAUUGGAUCGCGACAAAGCUUCUGAAAUUUUAGAGGAGGUGACACUUAAAAUACAGCAGCUUCAAAAGUUCCUAAAUGACAGCGUAGUUUUCCUGCCCCAGUAUGAAUUGAGGCAAGCACAGGCUUCGCUACAGACGCUGCAGAGCACGUUAGCUGAGAAAAGAGACCAGGUUCUGCCUAAGAAGAAAUUUGCCUUCCGAUCACGAGUUACAGCAACACACAAAGCUCAGGACAUUCCGGUUUCUACGCCCAGUUCUCAAUGUUCCAAGUCAGAGAGUGAUCGUCAGAGCAUCGAAAGCGGUGGCCCUAAUGUUGAUGGUAACAUUAGCGCACAGCAGUGUGGGUUGGCUAACGCUGACUCGCAGGUUUUGACCAUGGGAGCGGAGGAGAUCCGACAGCGGGACGUGCUGCUGACCCACUUGUCGAAUUGCAAAGUGAGACUUCUCGGGACCCCGAGCACCCUGCACAUCAAACACAUCCGUAACUCGGAGAUCCUGUGUGGGCCAGUGUCUAGUUCUAUCUUUGUUGAUAAUGUCUCGGGCUGUACCUUUGCAUUCCCCUGUCAGCAAUUGCGAACACAUCACACGACCGACACUCAGGUGUAUCUGCACGUCACCAGCCGGGCCAUCAUCGAAGAUUGCAGUGGCGUGAGCUUCGCUCCGUUCAAUUGGAGUUACCCCGGAAUCGACGCUGACUUCGAGGUGUCCGGGCUGGACAGGGGAAGAAACAACUGGACUCUUGUGGACGACUUUAACUGGCUGGCCGCUGACACACCAUCACCGAACUGGACACUUAUUCCCGAAUCAGAGAGGAGAUCCGACUGGGACUAAGAGAUUAAGAUGAAAGCAAAGGGAUCCUAAUUGAAAGUAAAUUGAGAUUAUUUAAGAAUAUAUUUCACUCCUUAAAAAUGUCUUCUAUUUCACUGUAUGUACCAAAAAAAAAAAAAAAAAAAAAAAAACACUGAAAUUGAACUAUACCUUCAACACCCCCUCUCGUGUACCCGCAAAUGCCUUCUUAUAACGUCACAUUCCGCGAGGAAAAAGACUGUCAAUGUUCUGGUGUUCAAGUUUCAAACACCAAGUAAUAAAUAACUGACCCAAAUAUUUGUUGUGCCUGACAGACAAAAACCCAUUCUUAAUAAGCAUUUAUAAAUUCACUGUAAACAUAGAUGGUAUUUGACCACAGUAAUUAAACAAUGUAUCACAGCCUGAACCCACAAUUUAAUAAACGCAAAUUGUACAACCAA